CUAACGUGAACCACUAGGAUACAUCCCCUUAACCUACACCCCCUCCUCCCGUUCUCCCCCUCGCAAGACGCUCUCUUUAUUUCUCUCACCUCCUCGUUCAAAGGCGCAAUCAAAAGCGAAAAGCAAAAGGGUUUCUCCUUCGGCUCUUGCUCUCACACACACUCGCACUCUCCCUGCAACUGUCUUUAAUCAUCCAUGGCCGACCGCAUCGACUCCGAUUCCCGUCGCCAUCUCUCUGUCGCGCCGCCUCCCCAGCAGAUCUCCAAAGAUGUUCAAGUGUCUGAAAGUACUAUUCCACUUUCACCACAGUGGCUUCUGCCAAAGCCAGGGGAGAGUAAGCCUGGAAUAGGAACUCUGGAAAACCCUUUCAAUCUGAGUCCAGCUUAUGGCAAUCGCUCAGAUACUAUGGAAUCCUCUAAAAAUGGUGACGAGAUCCAUGAAAGCCAUAAGAAAAAGGAUGUUUUUAGGCCAUCCUUGGUUGAUAUGGAAACUGGUCGUCGUGACCGUUGGCGUGAUGAAGAAAGAGACACUAAUUACUCCAUACGCAAAGACCGUUGGAGGGAUGGAGAUAGAGACCUUGGUGACAUUCGCAAAACAGAUCGUAGGAUGGACAAUUUGUCCUCUAGAUACCUUGGAGAAUUGCGUCGUGUUCCAUCUGAUCGGUGGUCUGACUCAAGUAAUAGGGAUACUAUUUAUGAACAACGGCGCGAGAGCAAGUGGAACACACGCUGGGGGCCAGAUGAUAAGGAAACUGAAGGUUUGCGUGAGAAGUGGUUAGACUAUGGCAAAGAUGGUGAUGUGCAUCUUGAUAAAGGGUUGUCUCAUGUAACCAACCAAGGAAAGGAUGAUAGGGAUGGGGAUCAUUAUCGGCCAUGGCGAUCUAGCUCCUUGCAAAGCCGAGGACGAGGAGAGCCUCCUCUUCACCCAACACUAACACCUGGCAAACAAGUUCCUACAUUUUCUUAUGGUCGUGGGCGUGGGGAAAGUACACCUCCAACCUUUUCUGUAGUACGUGGAAGGGGAAGCUAUGGUGGCAGUUCUAUGAGCACACAUUCUCUAGGAGGUGGUGUAGGUAAGGUUGAGACUGGCCAUGGGGAACCUUUCCGUUUGAGAUAUAGUAGGACAAAGUUGCUUGAUCUCUUCCAAAUUGAUACGAUUUCAUAUAAGAAGUUGGUUGAUGGGUUUGUGCAUGUUCCUUAUCUUACACAAGAUGAACCAUUAGAGCCCUUGGCACUUCAUGCACCGAAUUCUGAGGAAAUGGCUGUUCUGAAGGAAAUUGACAAAGGCGAUAUAGUAAGUAGUGGUGCACCGCAGAUAUCUAAAGACGGAAAGACCUCAACAGAUUUUACACAGUCAAGACGAACCAAACUAGGCUCUAAGGAAGAUUUUCAUGCAUUGGAAAAUUAUGGAGAUGAAAGUGCUGAUGAUUCAAGAGGUGGUUCGGUGGAUAUUUCAGAAGGCUCUUCAUUUGAGAGGCGCACACACUAUCAUGAGUCCAACUUUACAAUGGAAACCCUGCAGGAUCAUAAGUCAUGCUCAGAUAACAAGUUUAAAGCUGAAGCUUUCAGAGAUGGUGAUUCUUAUGGCAAGACCGAGGUGCUUAUUCAUAGGGAAUCAAACCUCCCAGGAAACACUUCUGUUCCUGCCACUACAUGGCGAGUCCCUUUGCAGGGACAACGUUCACAUAAUGCUUUGCAUGAUUUGAGAGAGAUUACAAGUGAUGGCAGGUCAAGGUCCUCUGACCUGGGAUGGUCAGAUCCACCCAAGGAACAACUAAAUAAUGAAUGGGAAAAUACAUUGGCUAACCCAUCUGAAAUGAAAGACGAAACCAAGUGGCAAACCAGUGAGGAUCCUGUUCUCCAGAGGCAGACAUCUGGAGUUAUGGACAGGGAACAGGAAGCCAGGAAAGGUCUGAAACCUUCUCCAGAGGAGUUAAUUCUUUAUUAUAAAGAUCCCCAAGGAAGACUCCAAGGUCCUUUUAGUGGGAGUGACAUAAUUUCAUGGUUUGAGAGUGGGUAUUUUGGUUUAGAUUUGCUGGUCUGCCCAAGUCCAAAUGAUUUGCCUUGGUCAACACUUGGUGAUGUUAUGCCCCAUUUACGAGCUAAAGCUGGGCCACCACCUGGAUUUACUGUACCAAAACAGAAUGAAUUUGUAGAUGCAUCUAGCAAGGCAAACUUUGGUAGCUUUGGGAAGCUUCAUACUGGCUUAACUGAGGUAGAUAUUUUGAGGAACGAAUCCAGGCAUAGACAUGGUUCGAUGACAGAAGCUGAGAAUAGAUUUUUGGAGUCACUGAUGUCUGGUAGUAAUAUGAGCAGUUCACCACUGGAUAAGUUUGCUUCUUCUGAAGGUAUGCAAGGAUAUAUUGGAACUAACUCUAGUAUAACACCUCCGUCAGGAGUAGAUAGUGGAAACAACCUUUACCUGUUGGCGAAGAGAAUGGCUCUUGAACGGCAGAGGUCCUUACCUAAUCCUUAUCCAUAUUGGCCUGGAAGAGAUGCUACAUCCUUGGUUUCAGAGUCUGGUAUUGUCCCAGACUCCACAACACCACAGUCAAAGCUUCUAUCUUCCAUAAAUGACAAUCCUUGUCAGCCUCUAAAUUAUCAAAAUGCUGACUUUUCCCUCAAAGGCAUAUCUGGCCGUUCAUCCUCUGGUGUAAAUAGUGGCCUCUCUGGUUGGCCAAACUUUAAUGUCCAAGGUGGAACAGAUCUACUACAGAAUAAAAUUGACUUCCAUCAUGAGCAGAGUUUCCAACAACAGAGGCUGCUAUCACAAAACCAGCCGUCUUUAACAAACCCAGUUGCUCAAGCAUCAGACAAUCCAUCUAGUAUUUUGACACCUGAAAAGUUACUUUCGUCUGGCUUAGCACAAGAUCCACAAUUAUUAAGUGUGCUUCAACAACAGUAUUUGUUGCAGUUACAUUCGCAGGCACCAGUUCAAGCACAGCAGAUGUCAUUGUUUGAUAAACUCCUGCUGUUUAAGCAGCAACAGAAACAGGAGGAGCAGCAACACUUAUUACGACAACAACAGUUGCUUUCUCAGGUGCUGUCGGAGCAUCAACCCCACCAGCAUUUUGGUGAUCCAUCUUUUGGACAGUUACAGGCAGCCGCAAUACCAACAGGGAAUGCAUCUGUAGAACCUUGUCUUCAGCCAUCACAAGAAAUGCAUCAAAUUGGUACACAGGUGCCAAUUCCCAUCGUGAAAGAUCAGCACAAUACUAACUUUGUGAAAUUGCCUCCGCAAACUAAUCAGGAUGUCAAUAAUAGUGUAAGUUCUGAAGCUUCUUUGCAUCUACCUCAUCAAUUAUUUGGAAACGUCAGCCAUAAAAAAAAUUGGGGUGCUACUGUUCCAGAACAAAUUAAUGAUACCCAUCAGAAAGAAUCAUUGCUGACAUCACCUUUCCAUGAAAACCCCCAUUUGGGUGAGAUGAUGAGCAGACCUGUUGAACCGCCACAGCAUGUGCAGAAAUCUACCCCUGAUUCUGAAUUCCAUGUUCCUAGAGCUGUGGGGCAAAAAUCAGAAGACAGUUUAGGGGUUGAUAGAAAUGUCAUGGUUGUGACCGCUGGAAUUACUUCAGAGUCUGUGCCUGUCUCUGUUGCUGUGUCAUCUGCAGGAACAUGUGAGAGUGAAGUUUCUGUACCUGAGCAUGCUGAUGGUGUCAAGGUUCAGCCUUGUGUUUUUCUUGAAGAACAGCAUGUUGAAAGGCAAAGGGACAAUAUUGAGCCCCCUAAGGUGGUAGAAAUUAAGAAUGUUGAAGUACGAGAGCAAAGAAAAGCUUCUGAGAAGAAGACUAAGAAGCAAAAGUCUUGCAAAUCACACUCAUCUUCUGAACAGGCAAAAGAAGUACCCAAGGAUUCAUCUGUAAUGCAAUUUAAGCAAUCUGCAAUUGAAAGUCAGAAUGUUGAGACAGAUGUUGGAGCUGGAGAUGGUCCAUAUGGAACGUCUCUUCAGAAGACAAGGGAUGAGAGAGUCAGUAAAUCUAGGAUCUCUACUAUUGAACAUGUGGAGUCCCAACAAGUUCAAGGCUCUGUACCUGCUGGAGCUUUUGUUGAUGAAAUUGAAACUGUUGAAGCCAAUAAUGACUUGGGAGUUCUUGGGUCAGUAUCAAUGCAGAUUAGCCAAACAAAUACUGGACAACGAGCUUGGAAACCUGCUCCUGGCUUCAAGCCUAAGUCAUUAUUGGAAAUUCAACAGGAAGAACAGAGGAAAGCACAGACAGAACUGGUGGUGUCUGAGAUCACCAGUUCUGUCAACUCUAUGAGUUUGUCAACUCCUUGGGUGGGAGUUGUGACGAAUCCAGAUUCAAAAAUGUAUAGGGAAACUCGCAGAGAUGCAGGGAAUAUUGAGUUAAGUGUGGGGAAACCUGAAGCUUCUGCGAUCCCUAAGAGAGAGAAGAGCCACUUACAUGACCUUUUGGCAGAAGAAGUAUUGGCAAAGUCUAGUGAAAGAGAUGUAGAUGUUCCUGACACAGUAUCUAGCCUGGCUACCCCACAAGUUAUGACCACCCAUUCAGAUACCAUAGAUGAUUAUAACUUUAUUGAGGCUAAAGACACUAAAAAGAGUCGGAAAAAAUCAGCCAAAGCUAAGGGUGCUGGAGCUAAGGUUUCAGUAUCCCCUGCAUCUGCUGAUGUUUCCAUCAGUUCAAGUCCCAUUGAGAGAGGGAAAAUCUCUCGUCAGAUACAGCAGGAGAAGGAAGUGUUGCCUGCAAUCCCGUCAGGGCCUUCCCUAGGAGACUUUGUUCUUUGGAAGGGAGAGUCAGCUAACCCUUCCCCUUCUCCGGCAUGGUCUGCUGACUCUGGGAAGCUUCCUAAACCUACAUCUUUAAGGGACAUCCUGAAGGAGCAGGAGAAAAAGAUAUCUUCCACCCAAAAUUCAAACCAGAUUCCAACUUCUCAGAAAUCCCAGCCUACUUUGUCUACCCGCACCAAUGGGUCUUCAUGGUCACUUUCUGCAUCUUCUCCUGCUAAGGCUGCAUCUCCAAUCCAGAUCAAUUCUCAUCCGUCUCAAUCAAAAUAUAAAGGAGAUGAUGACCUAUUCUGGGGCCCAAUUGAUCAAUCAAAGCAUGAAACCAAGCAGGCAGAUUUCCCUCAUCUUGCAAGCCAGGGCAAUAGGGCAAUCAAAAGCACAUCUGUCAAAGGUGCUUCGUCUGGAUCAUUGAGUCGACAAAAGUCGGUUGGUGGCAGACCUGCUGAUAGAUCUCUUUCAUCCUCACCUGCCUCUGCGCAGGCUUCCUCAAAGGGGAAAAGAGAUGUCAUGACCAAUCAUUCAGAAGCUACAGACUUCAGAGAUUGGUGCCAGAGUGAGUGUCUCAGGCUUGUUGGAACAGAAGAUACAAGUAUCCUUGAAUUUUGCUUGAAGCAGUCCAGAUCAGAGGCUGAGAUGCUUCUGAUAGAGAACCUCGGAUCAUUUGAUCCCAAUCAUGAGUUCAUUGACAAAUUCCUCAACUACAUGGAGUUGUUACCAGCAGAUGUCCUUGACAUUGCCUUUCAAAGUCGGAACAAGCGGGUCACUGGAUUCAUCGCAAGAGAUGUGAAUUCUGGCAAUGCAGGUGUUGGGGACAUCGAUCGUGAUACCACAAUUGGCCCUGAUGGGUCCUCAAAAGGGGGAGGAAAGAAGAAAGGGAAAAAAGGAAAGAAGGUUAGCCCUACGGUUUUGGGAUUUAAUGUUGUCAGUAACCGGAUCAUGAUGGGUGAGAUCCAGACAGUUGAAGAUUAGGUCAGUUUUUGGAGCCAGUUGUAAAUACAUUUUGGCUUUUAACCGGUUGUAAAUGGUUUUCGCUUUAGGAUUUUUGUUUUCUUCAUAGAGCUCUUCAGCAGUACUCUUGUUAGUAUCUGCUCAACCGUUUUUGUCAGUCUGAGAGAGGUGUAAUCCUAUUAUCAAGGUAACCUUAGUCUGUCUUCUUUUGUUCCUUCA